UCAGACACACGUGUACUUCCUGUAGCUAGCACACUCUGUCCGUUACCUAUAAUCAAUACAGUGUAUUGAUACCGCAGGAGGGAACCAGUAGAACCAAUGUGUGUCGGUAAACUGGUUUAACUGGUUCCGGACGUUUCACCGCAGCAGCGUUUCCUGUUAGCGGAGAAUGCUAAACGAAGCUAACACGGAGCUAAUGACGUUAGCUUAGCUCGCUAUCCGGAAGUAGACGCGGAGAGAGUCACCGGAGAGAGUCACCGGAGAGAGUCACCGGAGAGAGAGAGUCACCGGAGAGAGAGAGUCACCGGAGAGAGAGAGUCACCGGAGAGAGAGAGUCACCGGAGAGUGUCACCGGAGAGAGAGAGUCACCGGAGAGAGUGUUACCGGAGAGAGAGAGUUACCGGAGAGAGAGAGUUACCGGAGAGAGAGAGAGUCACCGGAGAGAGUCACCGGAGAGAGAGAGAGUCACCGGAGAGAGAGAGUCACCGGAGAGAGAGAGUUACCGGAGAGAGAGAGAGUCACCGGAGAGAGUCACCGGAGAGAGAGAGUUACCGGAGAGAGAGAGUCACCGGAGAGAGAGAGUCACCGGAGAGAGAGAGUUACCGGAGAGAGAGAGAGUCACCGGAGAGUGUCACCGGAGAGAGAGAGUUACCGGAGAGAGAGAGAGUCACCGGAGAGAGAGUGUUACCGGGGAGAGAGAGUCACCGGAGAGAGAGAGUUACCGGAGAGAGAGAGAGUCACCGGGGAGAGAGUGUUACCGGAGAGUGUGUUACCGGAGAGUGUGUUACCGGAGAGUGUGUUACCGGAGAGAGUUACCGGGGAGCUGUAGGUUAUCGAACAUGAACUCGAUCCAGAUGUUGAGGUGUUCGGUGAACCGGAGGCUGACGGUGGCCGCUGAGGAAACUCUGCAGCUGUUCGAGAGGACGAUAACGGAGUACGAGCAGGAAGUGUUCCGGUUAACGGCGGAGAACGAGCGACUGCAGCAGCUGCUGGACGCAGGUCACUGAACUCAUCACUACAUAACCUCCGACGUCCGGCAGCCGUCCAUGAAUAAAGAAGUUGUUCCCUCCGAGCAGCAGGAGAUGAACCCCUGUCUGGACCAGGAGGACUCACCAGAGCCACCGGACAUUAAAGAGGAACCGGAGGAACCAGAGACUAAUGACAUUAAGUUCAUAUUCCCUGCGGUCCCUGUGAAGACUGAAGAAGAUGAAGAGAAACCUCCUCCCUCGCUGCUUCGUCACAGCCAGGCGGAGCAGGAAACAGCAGCUGAUGGAGAGGACCUCGGAGGACCACAACCAGCCGGGAACUUGGCUCCAGGUCAGGAUUUACCAGCUGAGACUGAUGAUCGGAGGAGGAGCGGGAAACCUCCGUCGGGUUUAAAGCUUCAGAAAAACAACAGCGGAUGUAAAGCUGUGAAGAAAACCUUCGGCUGCUCUGAGUGCGGGAAACAGCUGAGCAGGAACUCCUACCUGAAGACGCACAUGAGGAUCCACACCGGAGAGAAACCGUUCAGUUGCUCAGUUUGCGGUAAAGGAUUCAGACAGAAGAUAACAAUGACGCACCACAUGGUUCUCCACACUGGGGAGAAACCGUACGGCUGCACUGUGUGUGGAAAAAGCUUCACGUGGCAGUCGCAGCUCCGAACCCAUCCGUGUGCGGGGCGCCGGUCCUCGCCACGUCCGACUGGACAGAAGGAGAACGCAGAGGAAACAGGAACCGGAGAGGACUGCGCUGCUCACGAGGAGACGUCGCCUGAGACUGACGACCGCCGGGAGCACACGAAACUGCAGCCAGGAGCGAAAUCCUUCGGUUGCUCGGUUUGUGGGAAAAGUUACCACCGGAAGGACUCGCUAACGGCGCACAUGAUGCUUCACUCAGAGAGGAAAUGUUUCAGCUGCUCCGUUUGUAAAAAGUCUUUCCACUGGAAGCUGGACGUGGAGCGGCACAUGAAAAUCCACACGGGGGAGAAACCCUUCUGUUGCUCCUUCUGCGACGCAAAAUUCACACGCAGCUCGACUCUGAGGUCGCACCUGAGAGGUCACACGGGGAGAGAAACCGUUCACGUGCUCCGUGUGCGGCACAGGGUUCGCUCUGAGGAACACGCUGGCCCAGCACAUGAGGACGCACACCGGGGAGAAACCGUUUGCUUGUCCACUUUGUGAUAAAACCUUCACACAGAAGACACAUCUGAGACAGCACUGGAGGACCCACACGGGGGAGAAACCCUUCAGUUGUGACGUCUGCGAUAAAUCCUUCACUUGGCUCUCGAGUUUGAAGAACCACAAGUGUGUCAG